AUGGAGUUCAUUGGGGGAUUUUUAUGUGAUUCAUUCUCCCAGAAUUCGUUCUCGCAUCAGGACAUUCAGAGAUGCCCCUUUCUGCGGAACAUCAAUGAGCCCACAAACUUCUCCUUCUCCUCGUCCUUUGAUUUCCCCGCUGCGCCCGUGGUGAGUUCAUCCUUGUUCCACGCACUGGGGCUCCUGAUUCCUCCAUUAUGCUCCCUUUUUUGGAAAAAAAAGACUGAAGAUUGGAGAUCUGCUGCAGGUGAGGGCCGCCAAAGGUCCCAUCUUUGAGGAUGGGCCCAACUUCGACAUGGCAUUCAGGCUCUUCCACGGGCGGGACGGAGUCGUCCCGCUCUCCGGCAGAUCCCUCCCCCAUGAGAGGGACCUCAAGCCGGCGGAGCCCGCUCUCCAGUUCAACCCUUUGGCCGCCAAGGCCGCCACCAUCAGCCUCUCCGCCUUCGGCCCCGGCGGCCCGUUCAGCUUCGAUGCAUUCUCCAACAAGUGGAAGAAGCAGAAGAAGAAUAAUUCCAGGAAGGAUUCUCAGGUACGAUGGAUCUCUGAGAUUGUUCAUCUUGUUCUGGGUUGGAGUUCGAGUUCUCCCUCUCCUGAUGCGUUCUUCUCUGUGUUGGUCGUCACCAGGGACGGAAGAACACAUCGCACGAAGCCGAAAGCAACGAGUGGCUGGAGACAGGGCAGUGCCCGCUCGCGAAGUCCUACCGGGCCGUCAGUGGGGUGCUGCCGCUGGUCGCGAAGGCGUUGCAGCCGCCACCGGGGAUGAAGCUGAAGUGCCCGCCGGCGGUGGUGGCGGCACGCGCGGCCCUGGCACGGACGACGUUAGUGAAGACUCUGCGCCCGCAGCCGCUGCCGGAGAAGAUGCUGGCGAUGGCACUGCUGGGCAUGGCGGCCAACGUCCCACUCGGCGUGUGGAGGGAGCACACGCGGAAGUUCUCCCCGCAGUGGUUCGCCGCCGUCCACGCCGCCGUCCCCUUCAUCGCCAUGCUCAGGAAGUCCGUGCUGAUGCCCAAGACCGCGAUGGCCAUCACCAUCGCCGCCUCCAUCCUCGGCCAGACCAUCGGCUCCCGGGCGGAGCGUCUCCGCCUGAAGUCCGUCGCCGCCGCCGGCGCCGCCCCGUCUCCGGCGACCAUCGACGCCUUCGUACCCCUCAAGAAGGACGGCCCCUGUGGCGUGGAAACCGCCUGGAUGCCUCUCCCCCUCGAUCCCACGGCGGCGGCGGCGGCGGCGGCGGCGGCGGCGGCGGCGGCGGCGGCGGCGGCGGCGGCGAUUGCUGCUCCUUCCGGCCCAGCGCGCGUCUGCGUCUGA